AGCGACGUAUCUGCAGAAAAGCAAAUCACAUGUCAUCUACAUACCGUUCUCUAACACAAGCCGAUUGUACAAUACUAUCUUCCUACAAACAAAUGCUACGUAUGGAUUUCGAAUCGUGUUCAAAUAUUUGAAUCUCUAUUAUGAUGAUGAAGUCCAAAUAGGAACAGGUAACGAUCCAUCUGACAUACAGUCUGUCAUCACAACUAUCCAUGGAUCUACACACUACGCUCCUGAUGAUGUCUAUGUAGGUUCCAAUGAGAUGUGGUUUGCUGUCAUAGGAGCGAAGUUUACCAGCAGGCUUGAAAUGGAUGUUGAGAUCAUUUCCAUUGACCUGUCAAGACUGAUCUGUAAAAAUACGACAUGGAUGUCAUCGCGUUUUGGACUAAUCAAUUUCCUAGAGGAUGAGAAAGGAGCGUUGGCGAACUCAACUGAAGUAUGUCCAUUCAACACAGCAAACGCUGACCAACCAAUCGGGCGUGCCAUAUGCGUCGGUGAUCUGAUUUCACAGAGUACGUGGCUUCCUGAUCCCACGGAUAACUGUGGACCAUUCAGAAAUGUCGGAGAUUUACUUACCCAGCUUUCAAAGGUUAUCGUUUCAGAUGAGAAUGUUGCUAAGCUCAGUGAAGAUGUCAGUUUGGUGUCAAGUAAUAUCAAUGAUAUCUCCUCUGAUGACAUUUUUUCGAUUGCAAAUAUAAUUUCAAAUAUAAGUGCUCGAACGAACUACAGUGAACAGGUUACUGAAUCCAUUGUUGCCAUAGUGAAUAACAUCGCUCAGGUUGACACAGAAACACUUGAAUCAGCAUCAGCCUCUGUUAGUGAUGUCAUUAACGUCUUUGAGCAGCAGAUCAAAAGUGUACCUGUAGAGGACGGUGACAAUUUUAGCAUUCAACAACCCAAUAUUGCCGUGCAGGUCCAAAGCGUGCAUACCGAUGACAUCUCGAACGGUCUAGUCCUCUCGUUAGCAAGAGACAGCAAUCCUAAUGUGACGAAAUUCGACAUCAACAUCGAAACUUCAAAUGAAAAUCUUGAUGAAGCUACAACACCAGACACCAUUGCUGCUGCCAUCCUACCAUCUGCUAUUUCUUCCGCUAUACCGUCGAUAUCUGAAGAAAGUUCUGAGACAAGCGGCUUUGUUCGCGUGACUUUCAAUGUCUUUUCCACACCAGCCCUUUUCAUUUCUAACUCAUUGCAAACAACGAGUCUAGGAACCAACCGAUCUGCUAACACACCCGUAAUAUCACUGAGCAUCGGGGACGAGAAAAUAGAAAAUCUGACAGAACCCAUCAAGUUCACUUUUACCCCGAUAGAGCCUGGUCUGACGAACCCGUUGUGUUCAUACUGGGAUAUUGGCUAUGGUGACUGGUCUCAAGAAGGGUGUCAGCUUCUUUCAUCAUCUGGAAUUAGAUCACCCAAAGAUAGCAGCUGGGUUCCUCCUCCUGAUGAGAGGAUCGUUUGUGGAUGUAACCAUCUUACCCACUUUGCUGUCCUCAUGGUAAGAUCUUUUAAUUUUUUUUUAAAUAGUAUUCUGAGGGAAAAACAGACCAACCAGAUCAUCAUUUGCCUGUGCCUGACGUUACUCUGUCUCUACGUAUCGUUCAUUGUCAUGAUAUCACUGGGCAGCGCCAAACUUCAAUACCAAGUUCCAUGCGGGUGCAUUGCGGCGUUCGUUCACUUCUUCGUUCUGUCUUCGAUCACGUGGAUGGGUGUGGAGGGAUACACCACUUAUCUCAUCAUUGUCAAGAUGUUUGAUACCAGCAAUAAACGAUUCAUGGUCAAAGCUGGUGCCGUUGCUUGGGGUAUCCCUGCAAUGAUCGUCAUUGUAACUGGUGGCAUUGCCCGGGACAAAUACGCGCACGAAGAUCUAUGUUUUCUACAAUUGUUGGCUCAAAUCGGUGGUCUCCUUAUUCCCAUGACAAUCAUCAUCCUGUUCAACGUCGUCAUCUUUGCCCUGGUCGUUCGUGAACUGAUGAAGUCCUCUAAUAUAGAAUACAGAGAAAACAUCGAACGUGUUCAAAAUGCAAUCUGUAUCCUCCUUCUGCUUGGUCUCACAUAUAUCACUGGAUACUUUCUGAUGAUCCAAGAAUUUAGUCAGGUGGUUGAGCCCAUCUUCUUUGUAAUGCUCUCAUCUCAAGGACUCUUCAUCUUUCUGCUCUACUGUGUUCGUAAACCAGUGAUUCGUAAGCAGUUAGGACUGACCUGUCUAGAUAGAGCCCAAAGACAAGACGCUAUAACAUCGACUACAGCAGCAACUACUUUGAGCACGCAGCCGCAGAAUAGCGUCACGACAUUCGUGUAA